AACAUUCCUUUUUUCUGGGUCCGAUCUCUCUCUCUCUCUCUCCCUCUCCCUCUCCCCUCUCCCUCUCUCUCUUCCUCUCUCUUUCGCUUUUACUCUUCUCUUCACGCUUUUGCGUACUUCCCAUUGAUGUUGUUUUCUGUCACUUCACUACUCACUGCUCCCUUAUUCGCUCAAUCUACCCACCACUUUUACUGUCAUCGCUUUUACUCCAAAUCUUUUCAGUUACAUUAUUCAAACCAAUGUUUUGAUUUCAAUAUUGUAAUUUGUACCGUGAAAUUGGCUGAGUAAACAUGGCGAACAUGGCUCUGAUAGGGAUACUGGAAAAGAUGACCGGUAAAGAUAAAGAUUACCGAUAUAUGGCGACUUCAGAUCUGUUGAAUGAACUAACCAAGCCAGAAUUUAAGGUUGAUCAUGAUUUGGAGAUUAAACUGGCUAAUACAAUUCUUCAGCAACUUGAUGAUUCAGCUGGGGAUGUCUCUGCAUUGGCUGUCAAAUGUCUUGCUCCGUUAGUGAAGAAGGUUAACUGUUCAAGGGUGCUAGAUAUGACGAGCAAACUCAGUGUCAAACUCUUGAAUUUGAAAGAACAACACCGAGACGUUGCUAGCAUAGCUUUAAAGACUAUUGUUUCUGAAGUCACCAGCACAUCUGAUAUACAAACUCUACUUGAUUCUCUUAUACCUCAAUUGAUAAAAGGAAUUACUGAUAGUGGAUCAAGUACAGAUAUCAAAUGUGAGUGUCUUGAUAUCUUGUGUGAUGUUCUCCAUAGAUAUGGGAGUCUUGUCGUUGCUUACCACGAGGAGUUGCUGCGUGCACUACUGUCUCAGUUGAAUUUCACUCAAGCUACUAUUAGAAAGAAGACAAUUUCUUGCAUAGCAUCACUUGCUUCAAGCUUGUCUGAUGAUUUAUUGACAAACACUACUGUCGAAGUUGUUGGACUUUUGAAGCGUAAGGCUACAAAGCCUGAAAUGACACGAACAAACAUUCAAAUGAUUGGGGCUUUGAGUCGUGCUGUUGGUUAUCGUUUUGGGCCUUAUCUCCAAGAUACUGUUCCACUUCUCAUCAAUUACUGCAAGAGUGCGUCUGAGAAUGAUGAAGAACUACGGGAAUAUAGUCUACAGGCUCUUGAGAGUUUUCUACUCAGAUGUCCAAGGGAUAUCUCUGCCUAUUGUGAUGAAAUUCUUCGUCUUACACUUGAAUUUCUUAGCUACGAUCCCAAUUUUACUGAUAACAUGGAGGAAGACACUGAUAAUGAAACUAAUGAGGAAGAAGAAGAUGACGAAAGUGCCAAUGAAUAUACAGAUGAUGAGGAUGCUAGUUGGAAAGUUAGAAGAGCUGCAGCAAAAUGCUUAGCUGGACUUAUUGUGUCUCGACCUGAGAUGUUAUCAAACCUGUUUGAAGAGGCUUGCCCAAAGCUUAUUGAUAGGUUUAAAGAAAGAGAAGAAAAUGUGAAGACGGAUGUUUUUAACACAUUUAUUGAGCUCUUGAGGCAGACCGGAAAUGUUACUAGAGGGCAAAUGGACACAGAUGAGAUGAGCCCAAGAUGGUUACUAAAGCAAGAAGUGCCAAAAAUUGUGAAAUCUAUAAAUAGGCUGCUGCGUGAAAAGUCUAUCAAAACUAAGGUUGGUGCCUUUUCCGUAUUAAAAGAACUUGUGGUUGUCUUGCCAGACUGUUUGGCUGACCAAAUUGGUUCUUUAAUUCCAGGGAUAGAGAAGGCAUUACUAGACAAUUCGUCUACCUCAAAUUUGAAAAUUGAGGCACUUGUUUUUACAAAAUUAGUUUUGGCUUCACAUUCACCAUUUGUUUUCCAUCCUCAUAUCAAGGCACUUUCUGGUCCUGUACUCUCUGCUGUUGGUGAGCGUUAUUACAAAGUUACUGCUGAGGCAUUGAGAGUUUGUGGACAACUUGUCAGAGUUUUGCGUCCAAAUAUUGAGGUUUCUGGUUUUGACUAUAAGCCAUUUGUUCAUCCUAUAUACCAUGCUAUCAUGACACGCUUAACUAAUCAAGAUCAAGAUCAGGAGGUUAAGGAGUGCGCCAUAACCUGCAUGGGACUUGUUAUUUCAUCAUUUGGCGACAAUCUUACUAUGGAGUUACCUUUGUGUCUUCCUGUGCUUGUUGAUCGCAUGGGAAAUGAGAUAACAAGGCUUACUGCAGUGAAGGCCUUUGCUGUCAUUGCUGCUUCUCCACUUCAUAUUGAUCUGUCUUGUGUCUUGGAGAAUGUUAUUGCCGAGCUAACAGCCUUUUUGCGGAAGGCUAACAGAGCACUCAGACAAGCAACUCUGGGGACACUGAAUUCUCUGAUAGUUGCAUAUGGUGACAAAAUUACUUCGUCAGCUUAUGAAGUCAUUAUUGUGGAAUUAUCAACUCUUAUAAGUGAUUCUGACUUGCAUAUGACUGCUCUUGCUCUGGAGCUGUGCUACACUUUAAUGACAGACAGAAGAUCAAGCCCAAAUGUAGGCUUAACUGUGAGGGAGAAAGUUCUUCCUCAGGCAUUAGCAUUAGUGAGGAGCUCUUUGCUCCAGGGGCAGGCACUUAUGGCCUUGCAGAAUUUUUUUGCUGGUCUGGUAUAUUCAGCUAAUAAAAGCUUUGAAAAUUUGCUGGAGUCUCUGCUUUCAAGUGCUAAACCAUCCCCUCAGUCGGGUGGUGUGGCUAAACAAGCAAUGUUUUCAAUUGCUCAGUGCGUUGCUGUUCUUUGCCUAGCCGCGGGUGAUGACAAGUGCUCCUCUACUGUGGGUAUGCUGACGGAAAUUCUGAAGGGUGAUAGUACCAACAAUUCAGCAAAGCAACACCUGGCCUUGCUCUGUUUGGGAGAAAUAGGAAGAAGGAAAGAUUUGAGCUCACAUUUGCAUAUUGAGAAUAUUGUUAUCGAGUCUUUUAAAUCUCCAUUCGAAGAGAUAAAAUCUGCAGCGUCCUACGCCCUUGGAAACAUAGCUGUUGGGAAUUUGUCUAAGUAUCUUCCUUUUAUACUGGACCAGAUAGAUCAUCAACAAAAGAAGCAAUAUCUUCUGCUUCACUCUCUGAAAGAGGUUAUUGUAAGACAAUCAACAGAUAAAACUGAGUUUCAGGCCUCUAGUGUUGACAAGAUUUUGAACCUUUUGUUUAAUCACUGUGAAAGUGAAGAGGAGGGUGUUCGCAAUGUGGUUGCUGAAUGCCUUGGUAAAAUCGCUCUCAUUGAGCCCGUUAAACUUGUCUCUGCACUUAAGAUGCGAACUGCAAGUCCUGCUGGAUUCACUAGGGCAACUGCCGUCACUGCCAUAAAAUAUUCUCUGGUGGAGAGGCCUGAAAAGAUAGAUGAAAUACUGCAUCCUGAGAUAUCCUCAUUUUUAAUGCUAAUCAAGGAUCAGGAUCGGCAUGUUAGACGUGCAGCAGUUUUGGCAUUGAGUACAGCUGCCCAUAAUAAGCCAAAUCUCAUCAAAGGGCUUUUGCCAGAAUUGCUGCCUCUUCUUUAUGAUCAGACUGUGGUUAAGCCAGAGUUGAUUCGAACAGUUGAUCUGGGUCCAUUUAAGCAUGUUGUGGAUGACGGUCUUGAACUCAGAAAAGCAGCGUUUGAAUGUGUUGAUACUUUACUGGACCAUUGUCUUGAUCAAGUCAACCCAUCAUCUUUUAUCAUCCCCUAUCUGAAAUCUGGUCUGGAUGAUCACUAUGAUGUUAAAAUGCCUUGCCACCUUAUCCUUUCUAAACUGGCAGAUAAGUGCCCAUCUGCGGUAUUGGCAGUUUUAGAUUCACUGGUGGAUCCUCUACAGAAGACUAUUAAUUUCAAGCCAAAACAAGAUGCUGUCAAGCAAGAAGUAGAUCGUAAUCAGGACAUGAUAAGAAGUGCUCUAAGAGCAAUUGCAUCCUUGAAUCGCAUCAGUGGUGGAGAUUGCAGCAUUAGGUUCAAAAACCUCAUGAAUGAGGUGUCAAAAUCUCCCACGCUAUCCGAAAAAUAUCACUCCAUCCGCAACGAGUGACAGUCUAGAACAUUCUAGGCUGACUAAAAGAGUGCUGAGCUACUAAUGGCGGGAAAGUCAAGUGAAGCAACUGAUAGAGCUUGUGAUGGGAAGUAAUGCUUACAUGAAUUUUGAAGAGUCGUAGGAUAAAUACAAGACUUAACGGCUUUCUAGUAGGUAACGUUUGUACAGACGGGCAAAGUCCUUGAUACUUUGUUCAUAGUUUGGUUCUGUAGACUCAUUGUUUUCUUGCGUAGAAUUUUACUUAAUCCUGACAAUUGUAGCCAGGGGAUUCGAUGUGUAACGUUUCUCCAAUUACGUUUCCCAUGGCUCGGUUUUUCCUUCUGCUUUUGAUGCUCAAUUCUUAUAGGAAACAUUUGCAAUGGGAAUUAUUUCUAAAAUACUUUCAACAAA